AUGACUGCAGUACUUAUUGGUAAUUACACUGAGGUUCCAUGCAUGUUGUCAAUCCAUUCGCUGGCAACCACGACCCAUUCCCUGGCAACCACGACCCAUUCCCUUGCAACCACAAACCAUCCCCUGGGAACCACAAACCACCCCCUGGCAACCACGACCCAUUCCCUGGGAACCACAACCCAUCCCCCUUGCAACCACAACCCAUCAUCCCCUGGCAACCACAACCCACCCCCUGGCAACCACAACCCAUCCCCUGGCAACCACAACCCACCCCCUGGGAACCACAACCCACCCCCUGGGAACCACAACCCACCCCCUGGCAACCACAACCCACCCCCUGGGAACCACAAGUCGCCCCCUGGGAACCACAACCCACCCCCUGGCAACCACAACCCACCCCCUGGCAACCACAAGCCGCCCCCUGGCAACCACAAGCCGCCCAACCCAACGCCCGGGUCUCCGUUAUCAUCCUCGUCAGCGUCAUCGUCAUCGGCAGUUACACUCACAACAGCGGAGGCGACGAUGAUCCCUUCAGCCGUUCAGAGUUACCAAUACAGCCAAAUAUUGGACUACAAGCGCAUAAAUAACCUCGCUACUGAAUCCCUAAACUGGAAAAUUCUCAAAUUUCGCCAGUCGUCAUGCAGCAUGUCGCCUCCCCUCCCCUCCGCCACCAUGCCCCCCCCCCUCCGCGCCCGCCCCCCGCACAAUCACCAGGAAGCGCCUCUAAGCCUCCCUGGGCAUUUCUCAGAGCAUCACGACGUCUUCGCCGCAGCUUCCUCCGCCCCUCAUCUCCCUCCUCCCGAGCACUCAGCAACGCCUAAUCACAGCGGGGGCGCAGCUCUAAGGUCAUCAGGGUGCAGCUCUUACCCUAAAGAGUCACAGCCCACCGUGAGGCUUGAGGGAGAGGCUUCCAUCUCGUCCUCGGAAUUUGCAAGGCCGACGGUCCGAGGAGCUGCGCGCGCGGGACCGGCGGCGCUGAGGACGACCUCCGCUACUUCCCCUGCCACCUCCUCUCCUCCUGGAGUGGGCCACAACGGCAUCGGUAACACCCGCUCCAAGACGGGCGUGAGGCUCCGCAGAGUGCGUUCUCUCGUUGGCGCGACCCCUGGGGCAGCUCUCUCCCUGAUGAUGAUGGUCCUCGGCCUGAUAAUGAUGCUGGAGUCGCUGCAAGCGCCACCCGCCAAGAACCCGGGCUCUAAGAACCGAUGUUAA